CGGCAGAGCGAAGUUGUGGACGGAAGCCGAAUGCCCAACCGUCGCCUAUUGUGGCCCAGGCAGGGGGGCGGAGCGGACCUCGGUGACGUCACAGAGUCACGCCCCCGGGGGAGGGCGCCAGGCCAACGCCAGAACUGCUGCCUCGAUCCCGGAAGUGGAGGGUCAACACGAAGCGCCGCUGGGUCUGGGUGCCCGGAGGCAGCAGCGUUCUAGGAGCUUACUCGCUGGCCCCCGAUCGCCAUGUCGCUUUUCGACACCAACCCCUUCGCGGACCCAGUGGAUGUAAACCCCUUCCAGGAUCCCUCUGUGACCCAGCUGACCAAUGCCCCGCAGGGCGGCCUGGCGGAAUUCAACCCAUUCUCAGAGACAAAUGCAGCGACAACAGUUCCUGUCACACAACUCCCUGGGUCUUCGCAGCCAGCGGUUCUCCAGCCCUCCGUGGAACCCACCCAGCCGACCCCCCAGGCCGUGGUGUCUGCAGCCCAGGCAGGCCUGCUCCGGCAGCAGGAAGAACUGGACAAGAAAGCUGCGGAGCUAGAACGCAAGGAGCGAGAGCUGCAGAACACCGUGGCCAACUUGCACGUGAGAGAGAACAACUGGCCACCCCUGCCCUCGUGGUGCCCUGUGAAGCCCUGCUUCUAUCAGGAUUUCUCCACAGAGAUCCCUGCCGACUACCAGCGGAUAUGCAAGAUGCUGUACUAUCUGUGGAUGUUGCAUUCAGUGACUCUGUUUCUGAACCUGCUUGCCUGCCUGGCCUGGUUCUCAAGCAAUAGCUCCAAGGGAGUGGACUUUGGCCUCUCGAUCCUGUGGUUUCUGAUCUUCACUCCCUGUGCCUUCCUUUGUUGGUACCGACCCAUCUACAAGGCCUUUAGGUCCGACAACUCUUUCAGCUUCUUUGUGUUCUUCUUUGUAUUUUUUUGUCAAAUAGGGAUCUACAUCAUCCAGUUGGUUGGCAUCCCUGGCCUGGGGGACAGCGGUUGGAUUGCAGCCCUGUCUACACUGGGCCAGGAUGCCCUGGCCGUAUCAGUCAUCAUGAUGGUGGUGGCUGGCUUCUUCACCCUCUGUGCCGUGCUCUCAGUCUUCCUCUUGCAGCGGGUGCACUCUCUGUACCGCCGGACAGGGGCCAGCUUCCAGCAGGCUCAGGAGGAGUUUUCCCAGGGCAUCUUCAGCAGCAGAACCUUCCACAGAGCUGCUUCAUCUGCUGCCCAAGGAGCCUUCCAGGGAAAUUAGUCCUUCUCUCUUCUCUCUGCUCCAGCUUUUCUCUCGCCUGCCUUGAGCUGCACUUAUCCGUGGGUGCCUUAUCUGGUGGUGGCUGUGCCCAGCACAGACCCCGAGGGGGGUCUUGCUGUGGCUCUUCCUCCUCCCUCAGUGACCAGCUCUCCCUGGAAGGGGAGGAAGGGACAGGGACUUUUUUUUUUUUACACACACAAAAAAACAAAGCCAUCUUUCCUUCUCUGGUGGUGCUUUGGUAGGAUUCUUCUGUCUCUGGAAGCAGUGGGACUGAAGUUCUCUUACCCUUGUAGACACACAGACGCCCCACAGUUGGGAUCACUGGCUGACCUGGGCCCACCCCAGCUGGAGUUUUCUGCCAGGGUCCUGGGCCUCGACUCCCUGAACCCUGCAGGCCUGGCCUGAAUCUGGCUUCUCAGACACAGCCCAACCCUUUCUGCCCAGACUGGGAAUAAGCCUCUCCGAGGCUCUGGCAGACAGCCCUGCUCCCCAGGUCACUGUCUCCAGGCUUCCAGAGAAGGCUGGUUGGCUCAAGCUCUUCCCUGCCUCAUGGUCCUCAUAAACAGAUUCAUAGCCCUUUAGCCCCCUGCACGCUUCUGCUGGGGACAGCACUUUGAGCCCUCUGGAGCUCCCUUGCCAAGCCUUACUCUCUUUAGACUUUCUGAACGUGCAAUGUGGUUGGUGGGAUUUUGGGAGGGACCAGGGACACUGACCCCAAGCUGUCCUGCACAGCGUCUUCUAGGAGGGUGGGGUCUGCCUGUCCUGAUGUGGUUGGUUUGGCCGUUUGCUGUGACUUCCCCUCCCUCUGAGGGACAGCUGCCUUUGCCUCUGCCUCAGAUGCCAGCCACCCCGCCCAUGCCCCCCAUCAGCAGGAUCCAGACUUUCAGGAAAGGCAGGGCCAGUCCAGAACCGCAUCCUUCAGCGGAGACUUAUAGGCCAUCUCUUGGAAGGCCCCCUAAUUCCCGAGUGGAGUCUGGCUUACACCCCAGGGGGUGUGUCACUGUGAUGGGCACCUAGAAGUCCAUCCUUAAAACCUGCAUCCUAUCCCUCAAGGCUGCCGACCGGGUUUGUGGACUGGGGGGGCCUUUCCACUAAACUAGCCUCCUGCGCUGGGCCCGAGGCAGCCGCAGGCCUCCAGCCGCUCAGGCAGUCCCCAAGCCAAUGAAUGAUACUGGCAGGGGCUGGGCUUUUAUAAACUCCUUUCUGGUAUUUUCUCCCCUCUAUGUACAAAUGUAUAUGUCUCAAUUUUUGUGCUUGAAUAAAAAUAAAAAGACAUUUUCAGACCA